AUGGCAGACAACCAUGCUAUCGUGUUCGGGGCAGCCGGCCUGCUGGGAUGGGCCACCCUGAACCAGCUGCUGUGUGGAUAUCCCUCAUCCAAGCCCUUCUCACGCGUCACUGCUGUGCUCAAUCGACCGGUCAGCGAAUCCGAUCUUCAUCUUCCAUCAGGUCCGAAUCGGCCAUCGCUAGAUAUCGUCUCGGGGAUCAAUCUCCUACAGGGGAGCAGCGAUGAACUGGCCACGCAGCUACGCGAGAAAGUCGCCAACGUGGAAAGCAUCACCCACGUCUUCUACUUUGUCUUCGCUCCUUUCAACGACGACCACAUCCAAGAAUGCAACCAGAACUGCGCCAUCAUGCAGCGCCUCGCCGACGCAUUGAACACCGUCGCCCCAAAACUGAAAUCAUUCGUUUACCCAGGGGGAUCCAGAGGCUACGGCGUUUAUAUCCCAGGCGGUGUCUUCCAACCACCCCUCCAGGAAUCCAUGGCCGAUACUCUACCAGAAGACUACGCAAAGACGGUCGCGUAUCCCUGGUUCCGAAAGAUCCUGACUGCAGCCAGUAAAGGGCGCGCCUGGACGUGGUCCGAAGUGUGUCCGGACGCAGUCAUCGGAUUCACCCCGAAUGGCUCAGCCUAUUCUCUCGCACUGCACUGGGCACAAUUUCUCUCUUUAUACGCGUAUAACCAUAGAGAUUCCGGGGGAAAGGAGAUUGAAGUCCCAUUUCCCGGGAAUGAGGCUGGGUAUCGGUCGCUGUAUACCCCUGUCUCUGGGAAGAUUCUUGGGCGGAUUUCGAUCCAUGCUGCGCUGAACCCAGAUCUUUGUGGGGAGAAGGUCAUCAACAUGCUGGAUAACGACAAGCCAAUCAGUGCCAGUGAUAUAUGGCCAGGGAUCGCGGCUUGGUUUGGACUCAAGGGUGUUGGACCUACAGCCGAGUCCGAGGAUCUCAAGCCUGGAGAAUAUAUUGAGAAACACCGCCAUCUUUUCGGGGAGAAUGAGAAGCAAAAGGCUCUGACGUGUGGUGUUGGUAUUGGCCAUAAACAACUGGAUGCUAUUGGAUGGUGGCUGGGAUUCGAUAGGCAGUUUAGUGCUGAGCGAUUGAGGGCAGUGGGAUUUACUGAACAGCGUAACCCGCUUGAUGGCUGGCUAGAGGCAUUUGAAGCAUUCAGAGGAGCAGGGGUUAUAUUUUGA